UCGUUCGGGGCGCAUGCUUAUCGUCGUGUCUUCAUCUCCACGCCAGGCGGUAUUUUCUUCCAUACGAUCGAAAUGGCUUCCUACUUCCGGUUUCAAAAAUACGUUUUCUCGUUGAGUCGCCGACUGCUCCUGCCGUGCUUGUGUGUCCUCGUCUUCUAUUUCUUCUUUGGAUUCCUCCACCAGAUGAGUCCGGCGCUGGGCAGGAAUUCAAGAGUGCCGAGCCGAGAGCUGGCGAGGCGACUCCGCGACAGCCUCAUUUCACUCGACGUCGAACCUCUCGUCGACAACUCUCCCGCACGCGACCUAGACCAGGAUCUCCAAGAGGCCGUGCCCAACUUGCCCUCUCGUUAUUGGCUCAAGAAGGACAAGGGUAUGGGCAUGAACAAAACCUGUGCCAAGUAUCCAUCUCUGUACCAGAUCCGCUUCAACAACGGCCGGUGGCAGACGUUCGACACUUCCAACGGCACCUUCUACCUGUUCAGUGCAUAUUAUGACAACAGGACCUUGGCAGAGCGGCCAGCUGUGCGUGUCCUGGGGAUGCUGAACCGCGUCGAUCCCAAACUCAACACUUCCUGCCAACUUUGGUUUAAUGGAACAAGCAAACCAGUAUUCGCAGAGGUGUCCGAGUACAAAUAUAUCUGGAAUAAGGCGUUUGGCAAAUACAAAAACGGCGUGCUACAACCAUAUUUGUUAUCGUGCCAAGUGCCAUCUGACUAUGCACAUCAGGUGCCAGAGUCUGUAUCCCUCGUAGAGCGGCCGUGCGACACAGCCACAACAAAUCUCAGGGUCGUUAAUAAUCGUCCACCAGAAGGUCAGACGAAAAACUUUGCUGUGUGCGUCAAAGGCCUCGACAUUUAUCACGAAGACAAAAGCGUCUCCCUUGUCGAAUGGCUGGAGGCACUCUACCUCUUUGGGGCUGACAAGGUAUUCCUGUACGACCUGCAUGUGCACCCGAACACGACCAAGGUCUUACAGUACUACCAGAAAACCGGUUUUGUGGACCUGACAAAACUCACCUUGCCCGGAGACCAGCCGAACAUCCCUCAACUCACACACAAGUACCUUAAGGAGAGGGGCGGUUAUAAACGGCUCAAUGAACUCAUCCCUUACAACGACUGCCUCUACAAGAACAUCUACAGCUACAAGUACGUGGUUCUCUUAGACAUAGACGAGAUUAUCAUUCCUAGAUAUUUAUCGUCUUGGAAAACACUGAUGAAAGUCCUGGUCAAAGACGCUUUCAAGGCCAACAAGAAACCGCGAACCUCCUUCGCUGCGCGCAACGUGUACUUCCUGGACUCCAUGCAAGAGAAACACGGCUUUUACAAGGAUAUCCCCCGAUACAUGCACAUGCUGCAGCACGUGCAUCGAGCCAGGGACUACACCAAACCAGGUGCUUAUGCAAAGUGCUUCCACGACACCCAGAGUGUCUUCACACUCCAUAAUCACUUUCCCUUCUCGUGUUUGGGGAAAGGCUGUCACGCCUACUACAUUCCCACAAAAGACGCGCAUCUACAACACUACCGCCAAGAAUGCGUUGGAGAGCUUCGCAAGACGUGCGAGAGCGAAUUCAAGGUGCACACAGUCAAGGAUACAACGAUCUGGAGGUACAAGAGAGCACUGAUACUCCGUGCUUCCAAAACCCUCGGGCGACUAGGAUUCUUCAGGCAGAAGUCUCACAUCUCGUGAGAUGACUAAGGUGUCCGGGUGGAUUGACUCGGGCUAAUGGUUCAAAAUGUAAUAGUGUUAAUAUUAGCUACCUCCCAGUAUUAUCUGAAAAGAAUAUUUGUUUAAUUAAAUGAUUAUCUUUAUAGCAAUAUUGUUGUUCUAAACACUGAUAAAUCAACUACGCCAGUGGAACUUAAUCUUUGCCAGUGUACGCAUCCCUUUCCAAUCAGCAGUCAGUUCUCGCUCUCCCUGAAAUGCUGAAAUACAAAAAAUGCUAAACUACAGAUUUGAUGUCAUGUGAAUGAAUAGCAAUAUCAAUUAUUUUUAUUUUUAAAUCGUUAUUGGCAAAGCAUAUUUUUUUUUUUUUUGUUUGUGUUAAAAAAAACUAUAAAAAAAUAUAAAACGUAUAAAACAUA